UCUUGAGUAGCGUGUAGGAGAGAGAGUGGGAGCUGUUUCCAGCGACUUCGAUUAGCCCUCGCUUCGCUUCACCGGCUUGGCCUCCGCCGCCGUCAAGGAGCUUUCGCUGCCGGAAAGCUCACCGCGUCACACUUUCUUUAUGUUUCAGAGGCUUUGAGCAUCCAUGGGAGGCGCUUCCAUCACAACCGAACCUAACUCUUCCAACUCCACACUUCCGCUGCCUUCUCAGAAAAAUGAUGGCCAAUCAGAGAAUGGCAAAGAAGAAGAAGAAGAAAAAGAAGAAGAUGCAGAGGAAGAGAAAGGUGAGUGUGGGUUUUGCUUAUUCAUGAAAGCAGGUCCGUGUGGAGAGAGAUUCACAGCUUGGGAACAGUGCGUUAAAGAGUCUGAGAAGAACAAGGAUUAUGCUGCUGCAAAGUGUGUUGAGGUCUUCAAAACUUUGGAUGAGUGUAUGAAAGAGAAUCAAGCUUACUAUGAUUUUUUCUUGAGGGCCGAGAAAGCAGAAUUGGAGAAGGAAGAGGAUUUGAUGAGAGAGAGCUCAGAGCACAAAGCCAGUUCAAUUGGGGAUUCUACUGACAAGCAAGAAGGUUAGCCAGUCUGGUGCUUCUUGAUUUUGCAUCGGCAAUCGGAAAGGGUAUUGCUGGGAUGGGACGGUAUUUAGAUUCUCAUUCAUUGUUUUUUUUUUGGUCUGAAGAUUCUCAUUCAUUGUUAGUUGCUGUUCUUGCUGAGAUGAACUGUUAUUAGUGACCACUAUUGAUUUUUCUUAAACAUAUAUUAAAGAGAAGAUCCCUAGGGAUCGGUAUACAAAGUUAUCAAAUGCUAACAAAGGCAGCAGAAAUAUUUGUUU